AUGUCAAACAUGUCAAAUUUAAAUGAUAAUCAAUCGAAAAAAUCAUUCGAGAAAAAUGAAUCAAAUCAAUAUUCAACUCUUAAUCAUCCUUCCAGUUUUAAUAAAUUUAAUGGAAAAUCUGAUGUUAACAUAAAUUCAAAGCAAUCAUGCGAUUAUUUUCCAAAAGAAAGUACUAACUGUAAUUAUUAUUCAAAUGUUUUGGUUAAUAAUAUUCCUACAAAUUGUAUGCCGCCAUCAAAUUCUUACAGUAAUCAGUUUGCUUCAUCAAAUGGCUAUAAAAAUCAAUAUAUGUUUCCAGAAUGUGGAAAUUUUCCUCCUGUACUUCACUCGUCUGAAGAAAAUAAAAACAAAUUUUAUAAUCCCAACAUUUUGAAUAAUUACAAUGUGAUAGACCAAAAUCAACUUUGUUUAAUUCCGCCUCAGCCAGUAUUUUUAAAUUAUUCUAUGGUCGGAAGAAACGGGGAUAAUUAUCAAGCGAUACCAAAUAUAAAUGGAAAUAUUUUACCAAAUUCGAUGCCAAAUUGUCAUUAUAAUUCUAAUGGAGAAAUCAUUAGUAAUAAUGUUUCCAAUUUUCCUUUUCCAAAUGUACCUAACUAUCAAGUACUUUUAACCCCAGCAACUUGUAAUACUUCUGUGAAUUAUAAACAAAAUUGUGAUAACGAAAAGUCAAAUUUUAAUUCAGAAAAUUAUUUGCCUUCGAACAAUAAUGGAAACGCUCAUAAAAAAGAAUAUCAAGAAAGGACUAGUAAAAAUAACAUGAGAAAUUAUGGCUCAAGGAAUAAAUAUGAAGAUGAAGAGUUCAAAUAUAAGAAUUCGAAAGAGUAUUACAAUAAAAAAUCAUAUUCAUCAAGGCACAGUAGGAAUAGAUCUCGUUCAAGAAGUCGUUCUUACUCUAGAAAUCGUAAAAGGAGAAUAAGUUCUAGAAGUAGAUCACGUUCAAGGUCACGUAAAAAAAGAAACAGGUACAGAAGUAAAUCUUCGAGUAGAAGUAGAUCUUAUUCUAGGAGCCAUCACGGAAGUAGAAGUCGUUCGAGAAGUCUAAGCAAAGACAGUUAUUCAAAUUAUAAAAAUAAAUUUUACCAUAGUAGAUCGCGAUCCAGAAAUCGUCGACAUUAUAAAUCCAGAUCACCGCCAUCUUACCGUACUUACAAAAGAAGAGAAACGUAUUUCGAUAAGAGAGAAAGCAAUAAUAGUUUCGUAUUAAAAUCAGAUAGUUAUAGGCAAAAACUAAUUAAAAGAUGGCGAAUGAAUUAUUGUGAAAAUCAAGAUGAAAUGCAAAAACGUCUUCAGGAAAUAUCACAAAUGAAUCCGGAAGAAAUACUGGAAGAAGAAAACAAAGUUUGGAUAAGGAGUGCACCCGCUUAUUGUUAUUACGAAAGAGAUCCCAACGAUUUAAGAAGAAUGAAGCCAACACCUAAACUGGACGAAUUGUGUGAAAGAUUUAAAUACGAACUUGUUGAUAGAGGAAAACGUAUACGCGAUGGUCAAACACUAAAAUGUCCAGCACCUAUAAAACCAAAACAAAAAUUAUGCAAACAUAAAAGUCAAAUUUGUUCUUCGAGUGACGAUUCUGAAAGUGAAAAUUCAGAUGAAUCUGACGAUGUCAACGAUAUGAUGGAAGAACUUCAAAGAAAGCAAAAACAUCCUUACAGGUUACAUUCGGAGCUGUGGUAUAACGAUCCAGGAGAGAUGAACGAUGGACCACUUUGCAGAUGUAGUGCCAAAGCAAGAAGAUCUGGUAUAAGACACGGAUUUUAUGCUGGAGAAAAUCAAAAAAUCUGUUGCGACGUCAAAUCAAACAAUGCUGGAAAUCUUUAUUGUUACAGGAUAACCAUAUCACCUCCUACGAAUUUUCUCACAAGAACUCCGACCAUAAUUAAUUACGAUGACCACGAAUUUAUAUUUGAAGGUUUUUCUUUAAUAUCUCAUUAUCCCAUUCAAAAAUUGCCCACGUGCAAAGUAAUACGCUUCAACAUUGAGUACAUAAUAUUAUACGUCGAGGAAAAGUUACCGGAAAAUUUUUCAAUUUUAGAACUCGAUUUGUUUUAUGAAUACGUGUUUAAAGAAAUUUUAGAAUUGGUAGAUUUCGAUUUGAAAAAUUCUUCACAUCCGGAAAAUUGUCCUCAGUUUCAUUUCAUGCCGAGAUUCGUUAGAGAAUUACCCGACAAUGGUAGAGAACUCCUUCCCAUGUGCGAAGUAUUAAAGUACUUGUUGAGUAGUAAUAAAAAACUCAUCGAAGAUGGUACCCUCGAUAGCUUACACAAAAUGACGAGUAGCGAAUGGCAAGAUUUUGCGGAUUUAGUCAAAGGAAUGGUGGUAACCAAUCCAGGUAUGAAACCUUGUUCUCUGAGAGUGGAUCAAUUGGAUCGAGACACCGAUGAAAGCGUUAAGAAAAAAGAAAAUGCUAAAAGUUGUUCGAUGGAAAAUUAUUAUUAUCCGGAAAUAGUACAUUUCGGAAUCAGGCCACCGCAAUUGAGUUACGCCGGAAAUCCAGAAUAUCAAAGAGCUUGGAGAAAAUAUGUGAAAUUUCGUCAUUUGCUUGCUAACAUGCCCAAACCCACAGCAGAAGACAAACAAAAAUUAGCAGCCAAAGAAAAUAGUCUUCAUUCAAUGAGAGCUCAUAGUAAAAUGAAACGAGAUGUUACCGUUACGGUGUCCAGCAAAGGUUUUUACCAAACCGGUUUAAUGUGUGACGUCGUUCAACAUGCCAUGCUCAUACCUGUUCUCGUAUGCCAUUUGAGAUUUCAUAGAUCCCUCGUCGUUUUAGAAGAAAAAAUCAAUUAUAAAUUUAAAAAUAAAUUUUUGCUCCAACUCGCUUUAACUCACCCCUCUUACCGAGAAAAUUUCGGUACGAAUUCGGAUCACGCUCGAAAUUCUUUAACGAAUUGCGGAAUACGACAGCCUCAAUAUGGAGAUAGAAGGAUUCAUUACAUGAACACUAGGAAAAGAGGUAUCAAUACCCUUAUCAGCAUAAUGUCGAGAUUCGGAAGGAAAAACGAAACACAGUCAAAUAUAUACCAUAACGAGAGACUGGAAUUUUUGGGUGAUGCUGUCGUCGAAUUCAUAACGUCCAUUCAUUUGUUUCACAUAUUCAGAGAUUUAGAAGAAGGUGGUUUGGCUACCUAUCGUGCUGCUUUGGUACAAAAUCAACACCUUUCUGUCCUCGCAAAGAAAUUAAAUUUAGACGAAUUCAUGUUGUACGCUCACGGAUCUGAUUUAUGUCACGAUCUCGAAUUGAAACACGCCAUGGCGAAUUGUUUCGAAGCAUUAAUGGGGGCUUUGUUCUUGGACGGUGGAAUCGAGUCUGCAGACAAAGUUUUUGGAAUGACUCUCUACGGCGACGACGAAGAUUGUUCAGACGUUUGGUUUAAUUAUCCGCCACAUCCUCUCCAAGAGCAGGAGCCUUUGGGAGAUAGAAAAUGGAUAUCGCAUUUCCCACUUUUACAAAAUUUAACAAAAUUCGAAGAAGCGACUGGUAUAGAAUUCAAACACAUAAGAUUACUUGCAAGAGCAUUCACGGAUCGUAGCGUCGGAUACACGAAUUUGACGCUUGGUUCGAAUCAAAGAUUGGAAUUUUUAGGGGAUUCCGUACUUCAAUUAAUAGCAUCAGAAUAUUUGUAUAAAUAUUUUCCGGAGCAUCACGAGGGUCAUCUAUCGCUUUUGAGAAGUUCUCUGGUCAAUAACAAGACACAAUCAGUCGUUUGCGACGAUUUGGGUAUGACUCAGUAUGCGGUUUAUGCGAAUCCAAAAGUCGAAUUGAAAGUCAAAGAUCGAGCGGAUCUUUUGGAAGCUUUUUUGGGAGCUUUGUACGUCGACAACGGAUUAGAUAUUUGCCGAGUAUUUUGCGACGUUUGUUUCUUUCCGAGACUACAAAUUUUCAUAAUGAAUCAAGAUUGGAACGAUCCGAAAUCGAAAUUGCAACAAUGUUGUCUCACGUUGAGAACCAUGGACAACGUCGAACCGGAUAUACCCAUUUACAAGGUCGUAGAAUGCAAGGGACCGACAAACACGAGGGUCUACACGGUCGCCGUUUAUUUUAGAAACAAACGUUUGGCAAAAGCGACCGGACACAGCAUACAACAAGCGGAAAUGAAUGCAGCACAAAAAGCAAUGGAAGUGUCCGGACCUUUGUUUCCGCAACUGGAUCAUCAGAAACGUGUUAUAGCGAAAAGUUUAAAAACUCAAAAAUGGCCGAAUCGAAGUUCUUGGUCGAGUCAAUCGUUGAAAGAAUAA